AUGCAUCGGGAACAAGCGGCGAUACCGCGUCACCGCGUCAGUACAGCAUUGAACCUUGUAAGCUCAGCUGACCCACUGAUUGAUAUCGAACGGCCUGGUGUCCCCACUCUGAACCGGGUGGUUGGGAAAUUGAUCGGUAUAAAAAGUACACUACCGAAAGGAAGGACGACCAACGGGAUUGCACCGGACUGA